CGGAAGCCAACGUUGACUUCGUCAUCGCCAUAUUGUCAACAAGACGGUUUGCAGAUGUAAAUACAUGGUGUAAAGGACAGAAGAAAUGUAAAGUUUCUAACAUCUUUCACGUUUUUGUCGUAAUAAUGUCUGCAUUUAGUAAUGAACCAUUAAAAGACGGAAACAAGGGUGGAUUCUGGAAGAAAGGGAGCGGUUUUCCAGGAAGCAUUAAACCAGUUUAUGGAGCACAACAUCCUCCACUUCAAAUGAUGCCUAGGGGAAAAGAAGAUCGAUCUAAAUCCAGCAAUAAGAAAGAUGCUUUUCAAGACUUUGAAAACAAAACAUCUGAUGCAUGGGAUGAUGGUGAUGAUGAUCUUCUGGUUAUGGCGAACAUUCAGAUGUCACUUCGAGAUGUACAGUCUACUGCUAAAGCAGUCAUGGAAAAUCAUAGCAAACAGUUCAGUGCUCAAAACCAGCAAAAUGCCAUCAAAGAUCAUGUGACUGCUGUUCCCUCUGCCACCUCAUCCCAUGGGGCAGGGCCCGGUGUUGGGGUGCGUUUGAACAGUGGGUGGAGGCCGCCCAAGUCUACACCAAUCAGAUACACCAAAGAUGUGGUGCCAGAUAGAGAGGCCACCAAGCUGGAGAAAUUCCGAUCUGUGUUAGCAGGUCCAAAUACAGAUCUAGAUGAAUUACGAAAACUCAGCUGGUCUGGAAUACCAAAAGCUGUUCGGGCAACAGCGUGGAAAAUUUUAUCAGGUUACCUUCCAGCAAGUGUGGACAGAAGGGAGCCAACCCUGCAGAGAAAACGUCACGAGUAUUUCAGUUUUAUCGAACAAUAUUACGACACGCGGCAUCAGGAGAUGCACCAAGACACAUUCAGACAGCAACAGUUAGGUCUUGGCACAAUCCUUAAAGACAUCCCUAGGAUGACCUCACUAGCUCACCUUUUCCAACAGCAGGUUGUUCAAGAAAUAUUUGAGCGCAUUUUGUAUAUCUGGGCCAUCAGACAUCCAGCCAGCGGCUACGUGCAGGGAAUCAACGACUUGGUGACUCCUUUCUUUGUCGUAUUUCUGUCCGAGUUCAUAGAAAAUGAUGUGGAGUCCGAGAACUUUGAGGUGAGUCAGCUACCCAAGGAGACGUUGAACACGAUCGAGGCGGACAGUUUCUGGUGCACCUCUAAGUUGCUGGACGGAAUACAGGACAACUACACGUUCGCUCAGCCCGGCAUACAGAUGAAGGUCAAUGCGUUGCAGGAGCUCGUCAAGAGAAUCGAUGUUCCUUUAUACAAACAUUUAGAGGAGCAGUGCGUGGAGUUCCUACAGUUCUCCUUCCGAUGGAUGAACAAUUUACUGAUGCGAGAAAUUCCCCUCAGGUGUACAAUACGACUUUGGGAUACAUAUCAGGCGGAGGAAAAUGGAUUUGCAGACUUUCACCUCUAUGUAUGUGCAGCUUUUCUAGUCAGGUUUACCCAGGAUAUUCUGAGAGAGCAUGAUUUUCAGGGAAUUCUAAUGUUUCUUCAAAACCUUCCAACCCACCACUGGCAAAAUGAGGAAAUAGGUGAACUUUUAGCAGAGGCUUUCAAGCUUAAAUACAUGUUUGCUGAUGCACCAAAUCAUCUCAGCAAAAAGAAGUGACAUCUUGUGAUGCAUUCAGUGUGAUUCACAAUGGAGAGAGCUGGAUUGACUCUUGGAGUCUGAGGACGGUCAUUCUAAGUGCUAACCUUCUUUUGACUGACAGCCAAGUAAACAAGUCUUUCAUCAAUUAGUGCCAAGAAUUACAGAGACAAAGAGGGAGGGAUUGCUCCUUCAAGCACUAAAUAUUCCUCCAAACUGUACUACAGCCAAAAUGUCAUCCGGACCAAAAAAAAAAGUCAGCGUCCAUUCGAUCAACAUUCAUGCAUGCCUGCAGUGCCGAGGGCGGCUGGUAAUUCUGUGAAACUCUAUGCAAGCAGUCAAAGAGGGUUGUAACCAUUUAUCUGUGUGUACAUGUACCGUAAAUUGUAUGCUGUUUAAGUUUCCUAGUUUGUAAUAACAAACAAAGCUACUGUAAAUUCCUUAUAUUACGUGAGUACUUAAUUUCGUGAUCCCGCUGUUUUGUAUCAAAUCGCGAGAAUAUAAAAUCACGAAUGUGGAACUUUUAUCUGUAUUUCUCAUAGUUCUCAACUCUGAAAAAAAAAUGGCGAGAUUUUAAAAUUCGCGAAGUGUGCUUCUCGUGAUUUUACGCGGUUAUUAAUUCCUCGCGUUUAAUUAGGAAUCUACAGUAUAUAUCCGAUUGGAUUUUGUGUUCAUACUUUCAUUUUCACUUUGCUUGUUCAGUUUUACAUAGUAGUAUAUAGAAAAAUUCUGAGAUAUAUGUAAAGACAUCUUAAAAGGUAACGUUUUUGGUAUCAGUAUAUGUACAUGAUGACGAUAACCAAAUAUAUACUCAUAUUAUAUUAAAUGAUUGACGAAUAAGAGAAUUUUAGAAUUGUUAAAGUAAAAAUUCAGACGGUGUAUUAAUAAAAAAAUGAAAUUUAUUAAUAAUUUGAGGAUAUUUGCUGGAGGAAAAUACUGAUGUGUUAUUACAUGUAUCACCAGUUGUUUACAUGCAUUAGACAACUUUUUUAUUCAAAAAGACUUCAGCACCUAAACAGUUUUAAUAGAGUACAAAAUGUAUAUGUAUUUACAUGUAGCAAAAUAUAUCACCUUAAUGUGUUUAGUACAUGUAUUACAUGUGUUAAAGAUAGAAGCACAUGUAUUUGUGACAAAAAUAACAUGAUGUGAUGUGAAAUAUUGAUGAACAUGUAAAAAAAAAUGUAUGUAGAUACGUAACACCUGUAUUUAUAUUUAGCCAAAAGCUUGCUUAUUUCAAAUCACAAAUUUUACCAGGUAGUUGACUCAAUCCAUAUGAGCCAAAUGUUGUUCAUAAUUUCAUUGCAUACAUAGAUGAGUUAUUUUUUUAAGGUAAACAGACCUUACAAAACCUCUUGCCCAUAAAACAUCUGUAUCGCUCACACAUUAUUUUCAUUGUGCUCAGGAAUUUGCAAAUCAUACAGUCUGAGUACCGGUAAUAGAACACAGAGAUAGAAAAACGAGAGAAUCCUCUCUAUAAGAUAGAAAAGUCAUGGAUCUGUGGUUCCUUUGUUGCAUAAUUUAUUUUUAUUUUUAUAUAUAAAAAGAGAAGACAAGUUCUAUGAGAAAGUAAUUAUCUAUUCAUUUGAAGAUAAUUUAUGAGAAAGUAAUUUAAAUAAUUAUCUAUUCGUAUGAAAAAUAAUUAUUAAAUGCCACAUUGAUGUAGAAAGUUUGUUGUUUUCAUAUAAUACUAUUUAAAUACCAUACAUUUAUAAUUAUAGAAGAUUUCAUUGAAACAUGGAUUCUGGUUCAUAGGGAUUAAAUUCAUAAAUACAAAGUCUUGCACAUGUACUUCUGAAUGAUAAUAUGAUCACUAUAGAUGCAUUACUGACUAAAAUAAACCUUCAUUCAUUGUUGAAAACCCCAGGCUAGUUUUUGUACUGGAGACUGGCUAUGAGAUUUUUUCAAUGUACCAAUAAGAAUUAAAUUUUAUUUUUGUUGCUUCUUCAAUUUGACUGUGUUAAAGAAUGUAUAAGGCGAUCCUUUUUUUGAGUUGUAAAGGACAUGCAGUGUUCGAUGCAAGAAUUGGGAUUUGACAGCAGUCUGUGACCAUAGGUAUACAUAUCAUUUUUAUUUUGUUGCUGUGUUUAUUUUGUUGUUGAUGGAGACUAGAUCUUUAUGUUGAGAUUUUUAAAAAAAUAAUCCAUAGGUGAUCAUCAAAUUUUAGGAUUAUUUUUAAAAUGACCUGAUAAGUAUUCCAUUUCCAUGUACCCUUUUAGUAUUCAUAUAUGCCAUUACCGAUAUUUAAUCAAUUGUUAACAAAAUUAAUGAAGGUUUUCACAGGGCACUAGAUAUGUAUAAUUUGUUAACAUGUAUGUAUAGAUGACAAAGGUUGACGAUGAGAUUUUAUGGCAUUAAAGAAUUCCAAGUACAUGUAUUACCAUCGAUCAUCAAAUCGCUUCUAACAAGUAAAUCGUCAAGUUUCUUUAGUACAGCGCUACAUGUAGCGAAAGAUUCCGAGACAAUUCUGUAUCAGUUUCAUUGACAAUCUUCUGCUAAAGGUGGAAUUUAAUUUAGUGAUACACAUGUUGCCUAAGACAAUGUAACUAUCAGGAGUAGCAGUAUUUAGCGGAACAUGUAUUACACAUUAUAUAGGUCUUUUAUUGUUAAGUUUUGCUUUAAUAGGUAAUAUGCCUAUCUACCAUGGAAUUGUUUGAAUUCAUGGUGGCUCAAUUUUCAUGGUAUUCAUGGGUAGCCCUUUCCCACAAAUUUACAUCUUUGACA